UGUAUUUAUAUUUUGUAAUACACGUAUUUUCAUAUUUAGCAAAAAAUUAGAAUAAAAUACUACUUCAUUCAGUAAGAUCUAUAAUAUAUAUGUAAAUAUGUUACCUACACGUAUGAGUUUAAGAUCAUCAGUGGAUCCUCAAGAAAAAAUUGAAUUAGCGAAAAAACAAAAAUUGGAAAAAGAAGCUUAUGAGAAUAGACCGUUUGUUGAAUAUAAUGGUGAAAUAGUUUAUUAUACCACAUUGAUGGAUUGUGCAAUUGUUUGUGACAAGCUAUUGUCAGAGGCAGCAGCUUCUAAUGAAAAUUAUAUAGUGGGUUUUGAUUUGGAAUGGCCAUUCAGUUUCAAAACUGGACCUGGAAAGGUGGCUGUGAUUCAAAUAAGUCCUACAUUAAAUAAAUGUUAUGUGUUACAUGUUAGUACAUUAAAAAAAUUACCCAAAGCUCUUAUAGAAUUUUUACAACAUCCAAAUGUUAGACUGUCUGGAGUAAACAUUAAAAACGACGUUCGCAAAUUAGCUCGUGAUUUUAGUGGAUUUAAUUCUGACAUAUUAGUUGAGAGAUGUAUUGAUAUUGGAGUCAUGGCAAAUAGAAUAAUACCAACAGCAGGAAGAUAUAGUAUGGAAAAAUUGGUAGAUAGAGUUCUCGUGAUGAAAAUUAACAAAGACAGAAAAAUAAGGAUGAGUCAGUGGCAUGUAAUUCCUCUGAGCAAAGAACAACAAAUUUAUGCCGCUAUAGAUGCAUACAUGUCUUUGUUAUUAUAUUAUAAAUUAAAGGAAAUGCAGGAGAAACUUCCAAAAGAAGAGUAAUUUUAUAUAUUUUAUUACUUAUUGUGUUAAUUGUGCAUGUUAGUGUAAGAUAUAACAAUAAAAUUUUAUAAACAUUUGAA